UAUUGGAGAACUUCGGAAGACACACCGCCGUGCGUGAACCGGAAGCGCUAAUUUCCCGGGACGUUGUCGCUAACUGUCCUUAGUCGUGGCCGGGGAGGCGGCGCACGGCCUUACGACAUGUCAUAGGGCGAUUAUAAGGUACACCUUCACGUAUAGCUUUUGACACUGCCAAAAUGUCAACUUCUACCUCCUCGCAGCAGCUGCUGGGACUAAACCCCUGUAAUCGUAGCAUACAGGACACAGAUGGGAAUGUGGUACGACCACAACCAGCUCUGCUGAAGCUUCUGCACACAGCAGGGGCAAAGGGACAUACGUUUACUGUAAAACAGGUUAUGCAUUUUUUAGGACAGUACAUCAUGGUGAAGCAGCUGUAUGACAAGCAGCAGCAGCACAUCGUUCACUGCGGCACAGAUGAACUUGGGAAGCUAUUGGGCAUCACAACGUUUUCUGUCAAAGACCCAAGUCCAUUGUAUGAGAUGUUAAAGAAGAAUCUUUCUAGAGUUCCUUGCACAGAUGCUGCUCAAAGUCCCUCAAGAGACCUAACGCAGGAUACUGGCGGUUUGGAGCGGCAGAAGCAUUUUGAUGAAUCUGCGCACGAAGAGAUCACUGACAUCAGGGUUACGUCUUCCUCCUCCCAUAAGCCACUUGCAGAAGAUGGUGAAAAUCUGGCCACUCUAGAGCAGGAUGGCUUGAAUCUCUCCUUUGAAGAAUGGGAUGUUGCCGGUCUACCCUGGUGGUUUCUGGGGAAUUUGAGGGCAAAUUAUAAUCCCCUUAGUUAUGGGUCCACAGACAUCCCUUCCAACCAGGACAUAGAUACAGCCCUUGUUUCUGAUACCACGGAUGACUUGUGGUUCCUCAAUGACAAUCGGUCAGAUCAAAUUAAUGUGGAGGUGAAAGUGGAAAGUCUGGAUUCUCAAGAUAGUGAGGGUGAAGACAUGAAAGAAAAUGAAGGAAAGAAAGUGAUCGAGCUGACCAUAUAUGAUGAUUUAGAGGACACACAAAGCCUGAGUGAUACAGAUACAGAGAUUUCUUCUGAGGACUGCUGGCAAUGCAACAAUUGCCAUAAGUUUAAUUCCCCUUCAAAGCGCUACUGCUUCCGCUGCUGGGCGUUACGCAAGGAUUGGUAUGCAGACUGCCCGCCUCUAACUCAUACACUUUCCACCCCUGCUCUAUCUGCUAAUGUCAGUUCCCUAGAAAUGAAGAAUGGCAUUGACAUUCCCGACUGCCGCAGAACAGUUUCUGCCCCCAUGGUGCGUGUGAAAAACAAGGAUAAAAAUAGACAAGCUCCUUUCUUAGAGCCCUUAGAUUUGGCAUCAAAUGCCAGAAAUCUCUCAGAAAGCACAGACACUCUUCUCGAUUUGGAAGAAGCAUCACUGGAGUCCAGUCGUCCCUUGUUGGAACCAUGCAAGCUGUGCCACCGGCGCCCACGUAAUGGCAACGUAGUGCACGGCCGUACAGGCCACUUGGUGACCUGUUUUCUCUGUGCAUGCAAACUGAAGAAUACUCGAAAGGGAUGUCCAGUGUGUAAGAAACCAAUACAGAUGGUGGUAAAAACCUAUGUGCCGUAGCAUUGGAGCAGCACCGCUGUCUGAAUUGUAGACCUGCAGCUGUUGGCGGCCUAAAAUGCCACCAGCGACCUCCCUAUCAAACGGUUUGUGUAGACACAUAGUUGUGGUUCACUGUGGUGCGCCUUUGGUGCAAUUAGGGUGUUGCCAUCAAUCUUGUGUCCAAGCUCCAUUCAUUUCUGUGGCCAGCUCCUUCCUUGCUGCUUUGCCUCUACCUGGCCUUGUCAGUCAAAGCAGCCAGGGAGGAGUUGGCUGCAGCAAUGAUUUGAGUUUGGGUGCAAUGAUCAAUGGUGGCUCCCUCAUUGCACCAAAGGCUUAAUUUGCAUACAAAGAAAAAGUAUUAUAACUCUUGAACGGAGCCUCAGCUCAACAAAAGAAAAAACUCAUUUUAAUCAGGGGAACCACAGCUAUGUGUCUAUGCGAACAGCUUGAUGGGGAGGUCGCUGGUGACAGAUUGCCUUUAAGCACCUUUUUUUUUUUCUUUGAAGGAGACCUGGAUUUCGACAGUACAAAAAAUGUUUUAUUGUUUACCUUUAGCAGUGGAUGUUUUGCCUGAUUCCAGUCUUCAUAUCUGACCAUGCUUUAUCACUGCCAUGAUAUGCUGAAGUGUUUUCUGUUGCGGAGUUCUGCUUAAGAUACCACCAGGAGCAGAAAAUGAAACUUUUUUGUUCAAGAGUAUUUAUGAAGAUAUAAGAAUAUAUAAGGAAGAUAUGUGUAUCUAUUUAUGUUUGGACUUCAGUCUUUAUGGUUUGAUGUGCCUGGAAUUCCUGUACAAGGCCCUUCCAGCCAGUGUUUCUGCAGUCUGUCACAAUGCAACUAUAGUCAGCAAUGCAUAAAAGGAAGCUCAUUGUAUAUUUCUUUGCCUUCUUGUUAGUAUGAAAGUCUUUUUUAAUUUAGGUUUUACACGGCACUUCUGUAAGAAAAGAAGUGCCAGAAAAACGUGAUUUCUUUCUAUCCUAUAGGUGUUCAUGUUGCCAAAGUUCUCACUUACAUGUGGGUUUAGAGUGAAAGUAAUUGAAAAGCCCAAUGCAAUUUUAAUUUUUCAUGUGCACUUCUGAAAGCAAGCAAAUGGCUACCACCUUAAAGGGGUGGGCCACUUUUCUGUCAUUUUGUGUCCUUGCUGUAUGCCAUUUAAUGUUUUCAUUGUAUACAUUUUUCCUGAUUGCUUUUAGGGUGCAUCCUGAGCUGUUAAACAGCGGCUGUGCGGUUGGCGGCACGUUCAAAUGGCGUCCGAUGCACUCUCUAUCCUUCUGUGUGGUCACACAGGUGCAAUAUGAUAAAGGAGAGUGCGCUGGACGCAGGAGGGAGUCUAGGCAGGGCAUGUGCUGAGCGCUUCAUCGGGAGGAAGCAGGCGUAGACUAGACAUGCGCAGAUCGCUUUGGCGUCUGAAUAGUACAAGUGACCCAAGAUGGGACAGGAGAAAGCGGAGCUGAAUUACACGGAGUAUGAGCAGGACGCAUCCGGAGAAUAUGCGUAGUACAGUAGACGGGAGCGCGCAAUGCCGAAUAGAUGGGUGGAUGAAGCUAAGCAUUCGCUAUAUGACGUCCUAAUGAACAGCACAGCCGCUGUUUACAGCUGGGCAUGUGACCAAAAAAUAAUUAGCAACAUGGGAAUCGGCAAAGGAAUAAUUCAUACCAUGGAAACAUGAAAUAACAUACAAUAAGGCGCCUUGCAAGAUAGAAAAGUGGCCAUCCUCUUUAGAGGGCCUGUCAGCAAGGCCAGCCCCAUUAAACCAAGCAUACUACCUGGUAGGGUUGAUCCUGCAGUUUAAAAUAAUACUUGACCUGUAAAAUAGAUUUUGGCGUUCCCGAGCAAAAAAGGUUUUUAUUCUUUGCAAAUGAGGACUUCAGUGUAAAGAGUUAAGAGGCCAAGCUACAGUGCACCUCAGCUCUCCGGUGCUAGAUACACCCCUCAGUGCACUGAAGACCUAAUUUGCGUAAAGAAUAAAGGUCUAAUUUUCUCGGGAACACUGCAAUAGAUUUUCACAGGUCAGGUAUUGUUUUAGUCAGCAGAAUCAACCCUACCAGGCAGUGGGCAUGCUGUAAGAGGGUUCAUCCGGUUGACAUCGAAAAUUGAAUCCAAAGCUUUUACUGCAAUUCUCCUUUGCAGUAACUGAAAUAUUAUGUAAACAGCUUUUUUAGCUUUUUUUUUUCUACAAUGGAUUUGGCUGCGGUGAAUCCACUGCAAAAUCUUCAUGUAAUUAUUGUGAUUUGCUGCAGACUUGAUGUGUGUUUGCAACGCCAUGGGUAAAAUCCACGUCCUGGUCCUGAGCUGCAUAUAACACAUGAAGGUUUUGCAAUGAAUUCACUGCUGACAAAUCCAUAGUAACAAAAAAAUAAAAUAAAAAUAAAAUAUAUAUGAAACUUCCCUUUUCGAAGUGUUUAUUUACAGAUUGGCUUCUGCCAUCCAUGGCCAACAGCGGCUAUGACUGCAAAGCUAUGGAAUAAUACAGUGAUGUGGAGUUUAAAUGCCCUCCAUAAUAUAUUCCCCUGUGCAGGUAUGGGGGAGAAUCAUCAAAACUGGUGCAAAGGAAACUGACUUGGUUGCUCAUAGCAACCAAUCGGCUUCCACGUUUCAUUUUUAGAGCUGCUUUGGAAAAUGAAAGGACCAAUCUGAUUGGUUGCUAAGCCAGUUUUCCUUUGCACCAGUUUUGAUAACUCUCCCCCAUUGCGUCUGUCGAAGACCAAAUACUGUAGCUCACCUGUUCUUAUGGGUGGAAAAGGCCAGAAGAGCUUGUUCCAGCUCUGCUCUUAACGUCUCCCUCCUCAUCUGUUACCAGUAUUGUCACUUACAAGUGUUCACACAUGUGCUCUUUCUUGUUCAGUUAUUAUGUGGAAAGGCAACAGCCAGUUGACAUGUCCAGUUAAAAUGGAAUUGAAUCCUGUUGUGAUCUGCUGAGGUUGUCCCACAGCAGGUCCUCCUAUACUCGUAUAGCCUGUAAAUGAAACAGCUUAACUUAGUAGGUUAGGUAAGGAUGUGACCCGUGGGACAACCUCCUUAACCCUUGUGUCUGGGUUAUUAAUCUCUGCAUAUGUGGCCUACAGGACAGGGCGUUAAUAUUGUGCCUAAGAAGUUUUAGUAAAGAUUCAUUGUUUUUACAGAUGUUAAGAAGCUGUGGAGGACCUGAAACUGUGUGUUCUCCACUGAGCUUGUUAUUCUCCACGUACAGCAAGCCUAGUGCUUAUUCAUUUUGUGGGGUUUUUUUUUUGUUUUUUUGUUUAUGUAUGCAUGUGAAGAAGCUUGUUUGCACUAUGUGAUCAUUUUGUACCAAGUAAUCUACAUUUGUUGACAGGAGGAAAAUAUGGAUGCGUUAAGACUGUGAUUAUAAUGUUUUUUUUUUCCCCUUAUGGUUCUGGAAAAUAAAGUAUUUUACAAAGUU